AUGUCUGCCCUGCCCCUGUCGCUGCCCCUGCCCCUGACGCAGCCCAGUCCGGUGGCAAGUCCGCCGGCGAGCAAGUCGCGCAUUCAAAUCGAAUGGGAUAUCAAUGAUACGGUUGUGCCGUCGGUCAGCGAAUUCGACGAGUUCAACGACUGGGCCAACGGCCACUGUCGCCUGGUCUAUGCCGGGCACAACGAGGACGCCAAGAAGCACGCCAGCGGCUGGGCCAUGCGGAACACCAACAACCACAAUGUCAACAUACUGAAGAAGAGCUGUUUGGGCGUGCUGCUCUGCAACGCCAAGUGCCAGCUGCCCAAUGGAGCCAGCGUCCAUCUGCGCCCGGCCAUAUGCGACAAGGCGCGCCGCAAGCAACAGGGCAAACAGUGUCCCAAUAGAAACUGCAAUGGACGCCUGGAGAUACAGCCGUGCCGCGGCCAUUGCGGCUAUCCGGUCACACACUUCUGGCGGCGCGCCGGCAACGCGAUCUACUUCCAGGCCAAGGGCACACACGAUCAUGCGCGGCCCGAGGCCAAGGGGUCCACGGAGGCCCGCCGGCUGCUCGCGGGCGGUAGGCGCGUGCGCAGCCUGGCCGUCAUGCUGGCCCGGGACGCAGCGCUCAGCGAUAAGCUGUGCAGUCUGCGCACCAACAAGCGCCAGGCCAAGACGCAGCAGCUGCUGCCGCUGCAGGAGGGCAGCAAACGCAAGCAGCGCUCGUCCAAUGCGGAGCUGCUGCAGCAACAGCCCGGCACGGAGCUAAUGGCGAGCUUCCAGGCCGCUGGCCAUGCGACAGAUGCAACAGCACCGGGAACCGCAACAAACAACGCUUCCUCGAUCUUCAAUCCGGCGCAGAGCAGCUACGUGACGCCUCAAUGGAGCACGGAGGGCUACUAUCAGCAAGAUGCAGCCGCGCUGGGUUACAGCAGCGGCAUCUACGGCUACGACAUGCUCCACUCGCCGCUCUCCUCCAACAGCUCCACGGGCAGCUACUACAAUGCCCCGGAGGCGCAACAGCAACAGCACCAGCAGCAGCAACAGAUUUUGCUGUCGCCGGAGCAGCAGACUCUGUCACAGACCAACAGCUAUGAUCAGACGACGACGACGACUGCGUCUAGCUACCAGGCGGGCAUGAACCUGUACGAGAGCUGCGAUGACACCUCUAGCUUAACCAGCAGCUCUGGCUACAGUUCCGAGGAUUACAGCUAUUUCAAUGGCUACGUGCCGCAGAGCCUGGACGUAAGCGCCAGCUCCAAUGCCAGUCCGGAUGGCUUCUACACGCCCCACUCGGAGAUCUUCAGCGUAUUCGAUCCGAACAUCAAUGGCGGUGGCCCCUCCACCGUGGAGCUGCUGUACGAUGAGGCCACCGCCUAUCAGCAGCAGCAGCAGCAACAGCAGCAGCAACAGCAGCAUCAAUCCUUCAUUGCAUCACCCGCCGUCGCCGUCUCCUACCAGCAACAGUCGCAGCAGCAGCACCAGACGGCGGAUUACUAUUACAGCAACACGGGCGUGGACAAUGUGUGGAAUAUCCAAAUGGACGCGACUGCUGCAACGGCCUCCUACCAGAGCGCAACUAGCCAACUAGAGUCGGGCGUUGAAGUUUUCUGUUAAUCCUCCCGAUCUCGAUAAGACACACACACACCAAAACACACACACACACACACACCCGAUCGAAACACUCAAGCGUUGUUCUAGUCUCUAGUUGAUCCACAUCUCUCGCCUCAUCCAGUUGCGCACACUCGAAGUUAUGAUCCAUACCCCCUUGCUUGUUGGUUUUUGUCUUUAUAUUUGUCUUUCAUGUUUCUAGCUCUUAGUCAUUGAGAACAUUUGUUUCCCAGCUAUUCCAAAGUUUUAACUUAAGUGCAUAUAUAAGUAAUUUAGUAUGUUAGUUAUCGUAAGCGAGAAACACCCACCUAUUUAUGAAUUUUGUAUUAAAAUUUUGAAAAUAAAAACAUAUUUUAGAAUUGAAAUAUUGCGAAAACUUUCGCCCACUUUUAUUGAUCAAAGCAGUUCUUACCCGGAAGUUCUUACCGAAUCCCAAUAAAAACUGAUUUUAUUAAUUUAGUUUGGCUUAAAACA